AUGGCAGUGGCCACCAUUUAUUUGAAGGGUAAAUUGGGAAAGUACAAUUUUGGACCUACAACCAUCUCCCCAAAGUCAAUUGAGUAUUGUGUUUUUCUCACAAUAAACGACGUCAUUCAAUGUCAUGACAUCCCACUGAUGCAGAAAAUGAAAUUGAUUGACCAAGACUUUUCCUUUUUCAUUUUACAAUGCCAGAAGUUUCUUUGUAAGAUGGAUUUGGUUAAACAAUCCGGUGCUAUCCCAAGUAAAACUAGGUUAGCACGUACUUUCGCUAAGGUUUUGCACAUUCGAGCAUUGACAGGGAUAGCUCCGGAUGAUGGAAUCCGGAAGAUUGAGAAGAAAUCGAAUGAUCACUUGAAGAGUUCCCGGGUUCCAUCCUCCGAUGAAGAAGAUGAAUUGGUUCGGGUUAGGGUGGUUAAAGAAGCUUUUCUUGCUAAGCUGUUUGCUGGAAUAUCUGCUGUUAAAGCUGCAUAUGCAGAAUUCCAAUUUGCUCAAUCUCCUUAUGAUGCUGAUGGGAUUCAAUCUGCAGAUCAAAUGUUAGUGUUGGAACUAAAGAAUUUGUCUGAAUUGAAGCAAUGCUACUUGAAGAAACAGUUGGACACGCAGAGUCCAGAGAAGACUCUGGUUUUAGCAGAAAUUCAGGAGCAGAAGAGUCUGCUACAAACUUAUGAAAUUAUGAGUAAGAAGAUGGAUUCUCAGCUUAAACUCAAGGACUCUGAAAUAACUUUUCUUGAAGAGAAAUUGGCAGAAGUCAACACGGAUAAUAAGUUACUCCAGAAGAGAUUGAAUUCAAGUGGACAAUUAGGCAUGCCCGAGGAUAUUCAUUUCUCUGGCUUGAGUCUCAACCACUUCGUUACAUGUUAUAAGCAGACAGUAAAUUCAAUACGCGGAUUUGUCCGGUUGCUGAUUAGCAAAAUGGAGUCUGCAGGUUGGGAUUUGGAGGCUGCAGCCAGUUCAAUAGAACCCGGGGAGUCCUUGCCGGAGCAGAAGGAAAGACGAAGGCUAUUUUUCGACAGAUUCAUCGAGUUGAAAUCUGUUCGACCAGCGGAUUAUCUAGCCUGGAAGCCUAAAUCCGCGUUUGCAAUGUUUUCUCGUGCCAAAUACUUGAGACUAGUUCAUCCUAAGAUGGAAGCAUCCCUAUUUGACAAUUUGGAUCAGAGGAAUUUGGUGAGUUCUGGUGAAUGCCUGGAGACAACCUUCUUCUUGGCAUUUGCUGAGAUGGCUAAGCGCGUUUGGCUCCUCCACUGCCUAGCCUUAUCUUUCGACUACGAGGUAUCUAUCUUUCAAGUGACUAGGGGAGCUCGUUUUUCUGAAGUUUACAUGGAUAGCUUAAGCGAUGAAGCGUUCUUGUUGUCUGAUGGCACACCAGAAACUGAUCCUCGUGUGGCUUUCACUGUGGUUCCUGGGUUCAGAAUAGGUAAGACUGUUGUUCAAUGUCAGGUGUAUCUAAUGAAUCCGGCUUGCACAUGA